AGUGAUUGGCAGUUAGAGUGAAGUGGGAUGUUGUUUGUGUUGCUAGCUGUUGAGAGUUCAUCGUUAGGUCUGCGUGUAUCAUAUUUAACGGUGUUGACUGUUGUUUUGGCGUAGGCUACGGCCCACAGUAGCCGAGCUUGUGUACUGUCCACUAAUACAUCGGAACAAGUAAGAGCACGUCUCGUAGCUUUCCUUACCAAGGGUCGCUACAAUAUGAUUUAGCACUUAUUCGCCAGUCGCUGGCAGACACUGGGUGUACGGGGUGUUGCCACCGGGCGGCCAAAGCUCGCUCUGCUAUCCAUUACUUUUCACUGGAAUGAGGCAGACCGUACUAAUCGCCUCACAGAUACAAUCGCUAGUCUGAUGUGGGACUUCCUGGUCAGGCAAAGGAUUUACACAAGAAUCAGAAACGUACGCCAAUUUGUCUGCGCUGACUCAACACGCAGUCUAGUCAUCAGGUUUCAACAUUAUCUCGACUGUUAUUUUGCUGUUGUAAACAGAGAGGGGUUCAUUAACGUUGACGUUACUCCCCAUCAAAGUUAUCUAGCUAGUAAGCUAACGUUAACGUAAGGGGUCUAUUGUGCUCUAGCCAUGUCCGCUUCGGCUGGAUGCUCCCCGGCGGCUCAGAGAUCAGGCCUGGGUCCAGGUAUGUCUAUGUUUCGCUGGCUAGAAGUGCUAGAGAAAGAGUUUGACAAGGCCUUCGUGGACGUUGAUCUGCUGCUCGGAGAAAUAGACCCAGAUCAAGUCGAUAUCACGUACGAGGGUCGGCAGAAGAUGACGAGUUUGAGCUCCUGUUUCGCUCAGCUCUGUCACAAAACCCAGACGGUUUUCCAACUGAACCACAAACUAGAAGCUCAGCUAGUGGACCUGCGUUCUGAGCUGACUGAGGCUAAGGCUGAGCGGAAAGUGAUAGAAAGGGAGGUCCAUGACCAGCUCCUGCAGCUUCAUGCUCUCCAGCUGCAGCUCCAUGCCAAGCAAGGCCAUGCUGAGGACUCUGACUCCAUUAAAGACAGACUGCCUGCCCCAACAUUGGAAGUGAUGGAGCAGGAACUCGAGGUCAGCAAGAAGGAGAAAUUAGCAGAGGCAAGACUGGGGACAGAAGUAAAACUAUUUAAGAAAGAAAAUGAGGCUCUUCGCAGACACAUGGCAGUACUGCAGGCCGAAGUGUACGGAGCCAGACUGGCGGCCAAAUACUUGGACAAGGAACUGGCUGGCAGGGUUCAGCAGAUCCAGUUACUGGGCCGUGACAUGAAAGGGCCAGCACAUGACAAGCUGUGGAACCAACUGGAGGCAGAGAUUCACCUUCACCGCCAUAAGACUGUCAUCCGAGCAUGUCGGGGGCGCAAUGAUCCGAAGAAACCUCUUCUUUCUCCAGUGGGGCAUGGUCCAGAAAUGUUGAAGAAGAGCCAGGGAGUUGGCCCUAUCAGAAAGGUGGUGCUGGUCAAAGAUGAUCAUGAGGGGCUUGGCAUCUCUAUUACAGGAGGAAAGGAGCACGGAGUUCCCAUUCUAAUCUCAGAGAUCCAUCCAAGUCAGCCUGCAGACCGAUGUGGAGGUCUGCACGUCGGAGAUGCCAUCCUUGCUGUCAACAGCAUGAAUUUGCGAGAUGCCAAACACAAGGAGGCUGUCACCAUUCUGUCUCAGCAGCGAGGACAGAUAGAAUUUGAGGUGGUGUAUGUGGCUCCAGAGGUGGACAGCGAUGAUGAGAAUGUGGAGUAUGAAGACGACAGUGGCCAUCGUUAUCGACUCUACCUGGAUGAGCUGGACAGCAGCAGCACAGCGCCACCCAGCAGCAGCUCCGCAUCACUGCAGGCUCUGGAGAAGAUGUCCUUGAGCAAUGGAGCAGAGACCAGAGACACUGGGAUCUCUAGCGAGAUGACUGCAGAGGAAACUUCUUCAAAGACUCCUGAGACUGACUGCUCCUCCUAGAGGCGGAGCCUCGCGGUUUUGUAUUUGGAGAUUUAACGACCGGAUUGGUGGGGAAAUCCCUUUCAAAGAACUGCUUCAGAGAAUUGUAUGACAAGCAUGAGGACAGGGGGAAAAUACACGUUGUUUUCCCUUUGCCCAUGGUGGGAUUUGGGGGUGUAGGCAAUGAUUUUGGGUAAAAUGACAUUGUUGUUUAAAGAAGCAUAAAUGUUUUGGGAUAUUUGCUUUACUAAUGUCAAAUGACAGGACAGCUAUGUGUGAGGAAACUUCACCAAGCUGUCAUGGAGGCACAGUGACAUCAGGGAGGAAGAGCAUACACAUUGUUAAACGCUUGUGUUUUUUUAGUUCACAAUGAGGACACUUUAUGUCUUACAGGGCCCGGUAGAGGCCAAGGACUCAUCUGUAAUAAAUCUGUCGACAACCUUCUUAAUCAUUGUAAGAAGCAAGAGUGAGGCCAGCAUGCCCAAUCACAUGACUCAUCAAUCAGACUGAGAAACCUUGCGAAACAGUGCCCUGGUAGUUCACUGGGUAGAGCGUGGCGUUGAUUCUGGCCCAAUCUGUCUCUCACUGUUAGAUAAAGCAGAAAUGCCAACAUAUCUUUAGAAAAAACAUUUUAUUUUGCCUGUUGUCACCGUAUCAGACGUUUUAACACAUUUGAAACCUGCUUGUGGUUAAAUUAUGAUCAUGGGUCUAAAUAUUUUAACAAGCACAUGAACAAAUAUGAUAUUGGAAAGUUAAGAGGAAUGAUGGACAAACGGUGUGAAAGUGUAUCUACAGUUAUCCAUCCCAGUUCAUUUUGACUCAAUUAACCAACAAUCUUUCCUCUUAUUUGACAGCUGAUGUUAUUUACUGUCUGGCUCUUACCAUUUGACAACCAGCGGUUUCCAGUGUAUCAUAAAGCUUUUCAAAGGCACCUCCUAAUCCCAGAACUGCUGCCUACCUGCCUCUAACAUUUUAGGGAACAACUGGAGUCCUUUUUUAAAACUCGAGUAGAAUCAUAAUGCCAGUGUUAAAUAGUGUGUGUUAUGUUCUUGGUUCAGUGGGUCCUUGUUGAGACAAUAAAGCCCUUCAGAGCCAGCAUUAAUAAAACAAUCAAAUAAUGAAAACUAUGCUGUUUGUCCAUUUAAGGCUGAAGAGAGUUUUAUUAAAAGUGACAAAUAGCCUUUGAAGUCCUUGAGGACAUUGUCAUUGCCCUGAAGGCCCUGUUCUAUUUCUGAGUCGGUGACUGUAGGGUACAAUAGACCCGUUAUUACGCCAUAGUUCAAUAACUUUGUUUCAUCACUAACAUAUUUUGGCAUGUCGCUGUAUUUUAAAUAUAUGGGGGGGGGGCACAAUACUACAAGUAUGAUACAAAUGUAAUUGAAAGCAAUCAUUCUUUGCAAUGUGUUGCUCAAUACUGUAUUUAGUUUUUCUUUUUUUAUUGUCGCAUUGCAUUCUGUCACUCCUCAUCGUAUGUAAUGCAAUAGAAUAAGACAAAGCAUAAACUACUGUAAAGUGGAUUGUGAACCCUGAAUACGUCACGACUCUGUGACCUUCCAGCAUUCACACGUCACUUUCUUUACCUUCUUUUUGUUAUUCAGCUUCCUUGGUGCUUGCUUCGUUUCUCCUUACUCUUCACACAUAUAAUGUGCAUCUUUAUAGGUAAUGUAUUCCAUUUAUUUAGUCUUUAAAUAAAGUUUGGUUUCUUUGUAUUACA